AUGGCAUCAGCAGUAAGUUUACUGGAUAGUGGUUCAACAGAAAUAAUUAAUCCAGAUAUUUAUUUUCAAAUCCAUUUUCCUCCAAAAAAUUUAAAAGAGAAUGAAAAUAAAAUCCAAGAAUUUGUUGAUAAACAUCAAAAAAAUGGCAGAAGAGUUGCAUUAGUUACAAGUGGAGGAACAACAGUACCACUUGAAAAUAAUACAGUGAGAUUUUUAGAUAAUUUUAGUGCUGGAAGUCGUGCAGAUUAUGCUGUCAUUUUCAUGCACAGACAAUCUAGUUUACAGCCUUAUAGUAGACAUUAUACUCGUACAAGUAAUAAUUUUUUGGAUUUGUUUAAAUUAAAAGAUGAUGGAAGUGUUUCAGUUAAUGAUCAAGAUCAGCAAAAAAUGAAAAUAAUCUUGGAAAAAUAUCAAAAAUUUAAGCAGGAGGAAACACUUUUAUUCAUAGAUUUUGUAACUGUGACAGAUUAUUUGUUUCUUUUAAGAAGUGCUACUCAAAUUAUGGAUAAAUUAAAGGAGAAUGCUAUGUAUUAUCUUGCUGCUGCUGUUAGCGAUUUCUUUAUUCCAAUUCAAAAAGUGUCUCAACAUAAAAUACAAUCAGGAGAAGGUGCUUUAACAUUAAAGAUGGAUCAAGUUCCAAAAUUUUUAAAACCAAUGGUAACAAAUUGGGCACCUGAAGGCUUUAUAGUUUCUUUUAAGUUAGAGACUGAUCCAUCACUUUUAGUUGAAAAGGCAAGAAAAGCCUUAACAAGAUAUGGACAUCAAAUUGUUAUUGCCAAUCUUUUAAUGACACAUCAUUCCAGAACUAGUAAAACAACAUGA